UUUAGAGCGCGCCGGACCUCGGCAGUGAAGCCCGUGUCUCCAGGAUCGGAAACGCGGGAGUUGGCGCGGCGGAGCCAUGGUGGGCCACCUGAGCGAAGGGGCCAUUGCGGCCAUAAUGCAACAGGGAGACACAUCCAUAAAACCCAUCCUCCAAGUCAUUAACAUUCGUCCCAUUACUACAGGGAAUAGUCCGCCCCGCUAUCGACUGCUUAUGAGCGAUGGGUUGAACACGCUGUCCUCUUUCAUGUUGGCAACACAGUUGAACCCUCUUGUUGAAGACGAACAAUUGUCUAGCAACUGUAUUUGCCAGAUUAACCGAUUUAUUGUCAACACGCUGAAAGAUGGGAGGAGAGUCGUUAUUUUGAUGGAGUUAAAUGUUUUGAAAUCAGCAGAAGCAGUUGGAGUAAAGAUUGGCAAUCCAGUGCCCUAUAAUGAAGGCCAUGGGCAGCAGCAGGUAGCUCCUUCUCCAGCCUCAGCAGCCAGUCCACUGGCCAGCAAGCCCCCACAGCAGAAUGGGAGCUCAGGAAUGGGUUCCAGUAUAUCUAAGCCUUAUGGUGCCUCAAAGACAUUUGGAAAAGCUGGAGGUACCAGCCUCAUGAACAGUUCCGGGGGGUCACAGGCCAAAGUGGUGCCCAUCGCCAGCCUCACCCCGUACCAAUCCAAGUGGACUAUUUGUGCUCGAGUCACCAACAAGAGUCAGAUCCGUACCUGGAGCAACUCCCGCGGGGAAGGGAAGCUUUUCUCUAUAGAACUAGUUGAUGAAAGUGGUGAGAUCAGAGCUACUGCUUUCAAUGAGCAAGCGGACAAGUUCUUUCCCCUCAUCGACGUGAACAAGGUCUAUUAUUUCUCUAAAGGGACUCUGAAGAUUGCUAACAAACAAUUCACGGCUGUUAAAAAUGACUAUGAGAUGACCUUCAAUAAUGAGACUUCUGUCAUGCCCUGUGAAGAUGGUCGUAACUUACCUACAGUCCAGUUUGAUUUCACAAAGAUUGAUGACUUAGAGAGCAGACCUAAGGACUCACUCGUAGACAUAAUCGGGAUCUGCAAGAGCUACGAAGAUGCCACAAAAAUCACAGUGAAGGCCAACAACAGAGAAGUGUCUAAGAGAAAUAUCUAUUUAAUGGACACGUCAGGGAAGGUGGUGUCCGCCACUCUGUGGGGAGAGGAUGCUGACAAAUUUGAUGGUUCUAGACAACCCGUGAUGGCUAUCAAAGGAGCCAGAGUGUCCGAUUUUGGCGGACGGAGCCUCUCUGUGCUGUCGUCAAGCACAGUCAUUGUGAAUCCUGACAUCCCAGAGGCCUAUAAGCUCCGUGGAUGGUUCGACUCAGAAGGACAAGCAUUAGAUGGUGUUUCCAUCUCAGAUCUAAGGAGUGGAGGGACGGGAAGCGCCACCAACUGGAAGACUUUGUAUGAGGUUAAAUCGGAGAACCUGGGCCAAGGUGACAAGGCAGACUAUUUCAGCUGCGUGGCGACCGUGGUGUAUCUUCGCAAGGAGAACUCCAUGUACCAGGCCUGCCCGACUCAGGACUGCAAUAAGAAAGUGAUUGAUCAGCAGAAUGGAUUAUACCGCUGUGAGAAAUGUGACCGUGAAUUUCCCAAUUUCAAGUACCGCAUGAUCCUGUCAGUAAAUAUUGCCGAUUAUCAAGACAACCAGUGGGUCACUUGCUUCCAGGAGUCUGCAGAGGCCAUCCUGGGGCAGAGCACUGCUCACCUGGGAGAGUUAAAGGACAAGAAUGAGCAGGCCUUUGAGGAAAUUUUCCAGAAUGCCAACUUUCGAUCUUUCGUAUUCAAGAUCAGGGUCAAACUGGAGACCUACAAUGAUGAAUCUCGAAUUAAGGCCACAGUGAUGGACGUGAAGCCUGUGGACUACAGGGAAUAUAGCAGAAGGAUGAUCAUGAACAUCAGGAGAAAUGCAGCAAUGUGAGCAGAGCAGUGCUGAUUGGGCAGAAGCUGGAAGACAAAGCUGAAAUGAAACUGAUUUCUCCUCACCCCCGUGCGAUAGUUUCCCAUUAGCUCCACAGUGCCUAGAACCUCGUAUGGCAGACUAAGCAUUUCCUCUCUGUGUGCACCUUGAAACCCAUUGGUAGGCGAAGGAGACCAGGCGCCAGUGGCUGUGGUGUGAACUGUCAGGCCGAGGGGUCAGUUGGCGGGUAGUGUAGUACCAGUCGCUCUGUCUUCAGGCUUUUGUUGGUUUUGUUAAGACAUUGUUACCUUUGAGCAGGAAUUACGUCCCAAGUAACUGACCCUGUAUCUGCAGACAGUGAAAUAAAGUUUGUAAGUAGAGUUUCUGCUUCUCCAGUGGUGGCACCCUCACAACUUGUGCUCCUGCUCAGGAGGGACAGCCGAGCAGUGGUCGCGUGGAACCUGGGUGUCUCAGCAAGGGUGUCUUCCUCGAAUCCAAAGGCGCUCUUGCUAGAGGUGCCACACAGUUGGUUAUGCUCAGAAUGGCAGUGGGUAGAAUUAUUAAUCAAAGACCUAUCUUUCGUAUCUGAAGAAUAUCCUUCCUCCAGGGUUUAAUAGAGCAAGUCAGAUGGGUCUGAUAUUAAUCAGAAUCGUCUCUUCUGAGGAAGGCCGAUAAGCAUUGACUUGCUGUCCCCUAGGGACACCCAGGCAACUACAAAGCACGGCUUUAGUUUUCACUUAAAUUACUGUUGCAUUUCAAUUGGCAGAUGCGCUUUGUACCUGUACAUAUUCCUUGAUAAAGCUGUAUUAAAUAAGGGAGAUUUUGAAGGGAGUAGCCCUUUGUUUCCUUUGCUUUGUUUUAAUAAAGAGUAUAUUCUUUGCCUAUGAA